AUGUUAUCAGUAUAGUUCUGGGCCUGAGUUGACCCGUGUUCCUUCAUUGCUUACGAAGCGCCUCUUACGCGCGCACAUUCAUCUUCGAAAACAAACAUUAUGACCGUUUCAUACUUUAAAAUAUUGAAAAUAUUCACGAGUGUAUGACAUUUUAGUGCAGUGAGUGUUAAUAAAGAAAAAUGAAAUAUAUCGUGAUAAAGACUGUGUUGUUCGCGUUCUAUGCGAGUUGUGUUAACGGAUUAUAUUCGGAGGAAACGGCGUAUAUAUCGGAUACAUGUUGCGCACACGCACAGUCGUUCGCCCUCGCGGCGUCAUCAGUAGAGGCUUGUGCACAAGUCACUCCGCCGGAAGACAUCGAAGAAGAUCAGAUGGAAGCUUGUACUCCAUCCCUGCAGAGCUGCUGCAAGGAACAUUUUAAAGAAAAAGAAAAAUGUACCGCUGGAAUGAAAUUCGCGGUAGCAAAACGGUGUUCCGCUCCAGAAUCAGAUAUCGGAAAAUCGUGUUGUGAGGAGUGUUCAUUCGGAAUGCUGGCGGGAGAAUCCCAGGGCAAGGAGGGUUGUGGCACCCCAUCAAGCGGAGAAGUCAGUCCUUCAUAUGCCUUGAAGAAGAAUGCCUUCCACCAGUGUUGUUUGGAAGUAGUAGAAAAACCAGAAACGACAACUGAAAAGAAACUAGAAACAACGACUAAGAAAAAGGAAGCUCCAAAAGAAAAAUGCGGGAAAGACUCUUGCGAACACAUUUGCAAUGAUGACAGUGGGGUAAUCAAAUGUGAGUGUAGGACCGGAUUCCGUCUGCAGUCAGACAACAAGACCUGCAAAGAUAUCAACGAAUGCGCUGAAUCAACGGAUGAUGUGUGCACAGCGGAUGGCACAGUCUGCCACAACACAGAUGGAGCGUUCAAGUGCGUGCCCAUCAAGAAACGAGACGUAGGACUGAGCUGCCCGCCAGGAUUCAAGCGGAAUAUUAUCAAUCAAGUUUGUGAUGAUAUAAACGAAUGUCAACUACCACGACCACCGUGCCCGAAAUACCUCUGCGAAAACACGAUAGGCGGAUACAAAUGCGCUGGCAAGCCAGGCAAGCCUGUCACCGAGGCUGUUCCUGGUGCUCCAACAGAAUCAUCAAUUACUACCAUCAAGAAUGAUAUCUGCCCACCCGGCUUCAGGGCCGGCCCUGAUGAUGAAUGUCUUGACAUCGAUGAAUGCGAGGAGCAUCUAGAUGACUGCCAGCGACUCUCGCAGCACUGUAUCAAUACGCACGGCUACUUCUUCUGUCAGGACCAUGUCUCCAAGAGAUGCGCUCCUGGGUUUAAGGUUAAUGCUGCCACUGGUAUUUGUGAAGAUAUUGAUGAGUGCGAAGAGAGUAGCGAGGUGUGUAAGCGUACGGAAAUUUGCAUCAACCUGCCUGGCGCGUAUAACUGCAAGUCGAAGAUUAGCACGCUGCCAAAGCUCUUUGUUAAAAAGACAUGCCAAGAAGGAACCAGAGUCAGACCCGGGGGAACAAUUUGCGAAGACAUAGACGAAUGUCGUGAAAAUACCCACCUUUGCGAUGAGUUCCAGAAUUGCAUAAAUACAUUCGGAGCCCACGAAUGCCGAUGUAAAAAUGGUUUUGAACUGGAUUCGUACACAGGAUCCUGUGUGGAUAUCGACGAGUGUGCCCUAAAACUGGACAAUUGUGCAGCCCACUUGUACUGUUUGAACGUGCUCGGGUCGUUCACUUGCGUUAAACGACCGCCACCUACCACUUCCACCACAUCUACUUUACCGCCAUACGAGUAUGAAUACUACGAUUCCGAGGAAGAUAAUACAACUGGAAAUGUAGAACCUGUGCGACCAGUGCCAACUACAACGAGCACUACUCGCCGACCAACAACUACUUCAACUACUACUACGACGACUACACCAAAACCUACUACAACGUCUACGACGACAACUUCCACUACUACCACGCCCAAACCUACCACCACAUCUACAACGACCAAACCACGUCCGUACUACCCCAGAUAUCCGCCGAGAAGACCGUACACACCAAGAAGGCCCGAGCCAAUCCCACCUAAGCCAGAGUCUACACCAAAUUCAGAAGUAACUCCUCCAUUACCAGAGUAUACUCCUAGUAGACCAGAAUACCGGCCAGAAUCUACUCCAAGAAGACCUGAACCAACUCCAACGCGACCCAUUCAACCCGAACAUCGUAGACCAGAAACCACGAGACCACGUGAAUAUCCCAGGCCAAGUUCUAUUCCAAGGCGGCCAGAAACUCCGACAAGGCCUGAUACAACUCCGACUAGGCCAGAAGUAACUCCUCCCAGACCUACGACCACACCAACCAGGCCAACACCUAUUCCGUCAAGACCAGACUAUCCUGUCGAAAAUACGUUACCUUCACCUAGAGAUCCAAUAAUUGUUGAAAAAGAUAAUGACGGUAGUUAUAGUAUUGACACGGAUACAAUACCAAAAGAUACGUGGAAUAAUGUUAUAGGUAGGGAUAAGCCGGUUAAUCCACCAGCUAAUGGGUUUAACGUCAACGAUAUACACUGCUUGAAUGGAUAUGAAAGGGACGUGUACGGAAAUUGUGUUGAUGUAAACGAAUGUGAAGAUCGGCGCCACAUUUGCGGCAAUCUUGAAGACUGCGUGAACCAGGAAGGCGGGUAUUACUGCGAAUGUAUAGCUGGCUUCCAACGCAACGAUGAAGGCUGGUGCGUGCCAAUUCCUCCCACUACCACUUCCACUAGCACCACCACGUCAACAACAACGGAAAGAACCACCGCUGUGACUAUUCCAGAAUGGACGUCACCACCGCGCCCACGAGACAGUAGAGUGUAUCCUCCAGUGAAGUGCGAACUUGGAUACACGUUCGACAGUAGUGUCGGCAAGUGCGUGGAUAUUGAUGAAUGCGCUACCAAUAAAGCUACUUGCUCUCCUACUGAGGACUGCGUGAACGUAAACGGCGGAUUCCGCUGUGUGUGCGGCAGGCGGUGUCGUGCUGAAAAUGAGGAACCUACUUACACCCUACCUUCACCGCCGUCACCUCCGCCCCGCCAGCCCGCAGAAGUGAGCAACACCAACGUAAUCACCGUGGGAGCGCAGUACGGUCAGCGAGGACCCUGGUCCCUCAGACCCACGUACUCGAGCCUUCCUGAUAGUGGAGCCAUUGUCACAUCAUGUCCGUGGGGCUACAAGCUUACGCCAGACAAGCGGUGUUUGGAUAUUGACGAGUGCGCCCGUAACGUGUCCGACUGCGGCCCCAUGCAGCGCUGCGAGAACUUCUUCGGUGGCUAUUCGUGCCAAUGUCCCGCUGGACACCGGCUUGUCGGGCAGAACGGUUGUGAUGACAUCGACGAAUGCAUGCACGGGAAUCCAUGUUCGUACAACGCUCAGUGCAUGAACACAGUGGGUUCGUACAAGUGUGCGUGCAGCGAAGGGUUCCGAUCCGCCCCCUCCAACGACAAGGUCUGCGUUGAUAUAGACGAGUGUACCGAUACUCCGGGCGUGUGUCACCAGGGCUGUGCCAAUGCUUGGGGCAGCUACAGGUGCUAUUGUAAACGUGGGUACAGGCUGGAUAAUGAUAACAGAACUUGUGUGGACGUGAACGAGUGCGAGGAGUGGGGUUCUGUGCGCCUGCGCGGCAAGCUGUGCGCGGGCGAGUGCGUCAACGAGCCCGGCAGCUACCGUUGCGCCUGUCCCGGCGGUUACAGGCUCUCCGAGGACGGCAGGAGCUGUAUUGAUAUCGAUGAAUGUGAGACUGGUGAGGCUUCAUGCGCUCGCACGUUCGUGCCGGGCUACGUGUGUCAAAAUACUAGAGGCAGCUACCAUUGUCACAAGAUCGAGUGCCCUCCUGGAUACAGACUAGAAUCUAAACAUCGUUGUACUCGCGUGCAGCGUUCAUGUCCUGUGGGUGACUGGAAUUGCCUGCACCAGCCCAGCGCGUACAGCUACAACUUCAUCACCUUCGUUGCUAAUAUAUACCUGCCCACAGGAAGCGUGGACUUGUUCACGAUGCACGGCCCGUUGUGGCGGGACGCUGUUGUGAGCUUCGAAAUGCGCAUGCUCAAUGUGCAAGCGUCACCUGGCGUACAGCCCGCAGACCUAAGAUGUUUCGACAUGCGUCCAUCGGACAACAUCUGCGUGAUAUCGCUGCUGUGCCCGCUGGAGGGACCGCAGGUGGCAGAGUUGGAGCUCACCAUGUCGCUGUACCAGCGCAGCAUGUUCGCGGGCAGCGCCGUCGCAAGGCUCAUCGUCAUCGUCUCCGAAUAUGAAUUCUAGAAUGUUCAGAUGUAAACAUUUUACGGUGUUGCUAGGCGUAAAAUAUUAGAAUCUUUAAUUUAUUGGCAAUGGUAUUAUAAUCGAAAAUGUUUAUUACAAAUCUACUUAGCUACCAACCGAUAAUAUUAAAUUAUGAUUCUAUGUUAUAUACUUUUAUGUUCCUAGAAUAAUGAUGGCAUUGUAAAAUACAUGCGUAAGAUCCUACGGAUAAAUAAAGUCCAGUUUUAACACUAUUCUGUAACUACAAACGUAGUGUAAUUGUACAUGACGUACCUACUUUCUUAGUACAAGAAUAAUUUGUAAAUAAAACAAUAAAUACAUGGAA